AUGACCGAUCAACCACAGCCCGUCAAGUCAUUCCCCGCCUGCAGCGACAGGCGAUUCAUCAGCCGGGACGCAACGUAUCGCUCCCUAUUCUCCAACGUCAUCAAGAAGCCCAACUGUGACCUCACCUACGAGGGAUACCUUCGGGCCAUCCAACUCUACGGUCGGGAAUCCCGCAUAACAUCCUGCCAGACAUCCCACCACUUCAGCCGCUGGGUCGACAACUACCCAGACGUACACCGCGUUUUCCGGAGGCAAGCCAAAGCAGACGGCUACGACCCAGCCACAGGCGCCUCAGCUCCGUGGCAAGGCCUGCACUUCCCGUCUGGAAACAUCGGCCGGGACUACCCCGAAUACGCGGUAGAAGACCAGGGCACCUACGGAGUCAGGGUCCACGAGAGACACGACCGAGAACCCCCGCACACCCCGAGACACCGAAGAACCGUGGUCCGCAUCCCAGACACGAGAUACCUCCGCGAGAACGACUCCCCCACGCACGACUCCGACGCAUUCGCUGAGAAUUCCGAGGGCCUAUCCCCCAUCACCGAAGAACGAACCCCCGAGGCAGACACCACCAGCAUGCCCCGGCAGCCCCGAGACAGAGCGGGCAAGUUCGUGUCCACCCGCACCGGCGGAAGACUACGGGGAAACCGCAAGCCCAAGGACGGCGAUGUCGCCGGCAACAUGAUGGGGCUCGCCGAGAUGGCCCACGUCCUUUCCGAAGCCGUGAACGCGCUCACCCAACCGGAAGUCUCCGAGGAGACCGUGGAGGAAGCCCGAGCCGAACUCCGCAGCCUGGGCGGCGCCAAUAGCAUUGGGGAGUUCCUCGACUGGGUAUACGCCAAAUACGACGGCACGCGGGAGUCCGACAAACCGGCCACGCCCACGUUCGGGUCCAGACUCAAGAGCAGCAACAAGUCGAACCGUGUCUCCCGCAACUUCAACGACACGCCAAUUCCAUUCGACACCAGCCGUGACCGAGGCGAACCCCGCGGUGACAAGAGAGGCCGGGACAACACCCACGAUGGCGACGAAGACGAGGACGACGACCUCUCUCGGCUGAUCAAGGUCCGCGCGGUGGCCAGCGAGGUUGCCGCCGCUGCCCGGGAGAGAAAGUUCCCCAGCGGCUGCGUCAUCCUCGAGGAACGCUUCCGAGCCGAGGGCGAAUCAUACCAGUGUUUCUGGCUGAUCUCCGCCGACCAGGCCAUGCUGUUCCCCAACGAGACCUGCGCAACCGGCUUCAGCAUCGGGCUCAAGCAAGUCCGGGAAGAAUCCGGGAAGAACCUGUCUCUGUCUGACGCAGCCCGCCUGCUGGAAAUUGACGACGAUUUUGUGCUGACCAUGGACCUCACCAUCCACAAACCGCUGACCGCUGACCCCGCCGUGCCGUCACUCAUCCAGGCCGUCGCACAAGAACCCAUGUUUACCGACCCAGACACCGCGCUGCCGCACUUCCGGAGGGCGGCCAGACGAGCAAGAGCCGCGGGCCACCGAGUCACCAACGCCACCGCCGUCGUGGCCUUGCGCCCUGAGAUCCAGGAAUCCCACCGCUUCGCCCGAGGAAUGCCGCAGGCCAUCGAGGCAUCGCAAAACGGCCGGUUCUGGUUCCCCUACACUAGAAUUGACAACGUCGAGGCGGCCCAGAUCCUCUCCUCCAGAGAGCAGAAGCAGUACACGUGGUCACUGUACAAGACCAUGGCCGCACCUGGCCAGGAAAACGAGGACGGUGAAGAUGAAGGCGAAGGAGAGGACGAAGGCGAAGCCUAA